AUGUGGGAGGUCGAGCUGCUCGAGUCCAUUGUUGCUACCCUCCGAGGCCUCUCCCCCGACGAGUCACGACGUCUUCCCACCUUGUUUCCCAAGCUUAACACCAUCAUGAUGGAACCUCGACUCAGCGCGAGGCCCGCCGCCGCCACCGCUGCCUUCGAAUCUACAAUCCGCUGCUUACUUUGGCUAUGCCCAGAACUUUCCGCUAUCCGGCUGCGCUUGGAUGUAUCCUUUCUGCAGAGAUAUUGGAAGAUCCUGCUCCGUAGGAUGAGUCCCAGUCCGCAGGGACAGGCGCCUGUGAUGUACGAAAACGACGAAGCCGCUGAGGCAACGGCGUGGGAGCUGGUCGACAACCCCUAUGGCUCCGCAGACGAAGACGACGAGACACCCGAAGCGCAAGGGUCGUGGGAAAGCGAGCGGUGCGUGCUAUACUUGUACGCAAAGGAUGGAUUUGCCAGCAAAGGGGCCCGGAAACCCGUCGAUGACCCCGCGCUCACCCCUUGGAGAACCGCCACCGAUCUUUGCUUGACCGAGGACCGGAAGAACAGGUGGCUCAUACGUAUGCCGCGCAGCCUUGCCAUGGGCCAAAUGGAGUGUCUCCGGCACUUGACCAUCGAUGUGGCUUGGAUCUGCGGCUACCUCGAAACCCUCCAGCUGAUAGGAAAGCGGUUUGCCACAGAGCGACAUCCUCCCGGGCUCCCACCUCGGAUUGAAUCUCUACAUCUUGUUGAACAUGAUGGUGUGCCACACCCUCGGCAGGGCUAUAACACCCAAGAGGGGCUAUAUGAGCAGCUCUUUCCCGACAUUCUCGAGUGGUGCCGCACGAUCCUGCUGCAACUUCGACAGAUCCAGGUGUGCUCCCCGUCAUUUAUUCCGGCCAACGAUGGUCGAGGACACCAGACAAGAGCCUUCGCCUCUGCGCUGCGCUGGGCCGAGGCGUUUGAGAAGAUCGGAGUGACCUUUUACCUGUGCCGUUAG